AUGACGACGCUCGCCGCGCGCGCGUCGCUCCGCGGCGCGAGGCCGCGCGCGUCGCGCUCGCUCCGCCGCGCGAGCUCGAGGAGCUCCCGUCCCGGGGCGCGGGGCGCGCGUCUCGCCGCGCGCGCGUCGUCCGCGGGAGGCUUCGCGAGAUACGGCGUCAGGGAGGAGCAACCGGACGGGAGCUUCCUCGAGACGUACGGCAUCUCGAUCGACGGGAACGUCGGCCGAGAGACGCUGCGAUUCGCGCCCGGGUCCGUCGCGGUGUCGCUCACGAUCGCGCGCCCGCUCGGGAUCGUGUUCGAGCAGGUGGAAGGGAAGGGCGUCGUCGCGGUCGAGCUCGUGGAGGGAUCCAACGCCGCCGCCGCGGGCGCGCGCGCGGGCGACGUCCUGCGCCUCACGACCGCGGUCGCGAAGGGCAAGAGCACGGUCAAGGUGGGGAAGUGGCAGGUCGAGCCCUCAGUGGACAUGCGCUCGAGAGGGGCGAACCGCGCGGCGUACUUCGCGUGCGACGGUCGGUCGUUCGACGCGGUGAUGGACGCCGUCGUGAGCAACGGCGAGGAAGUCGAUGGCGUCGCGUCGCCGACGGUGUCCCUGCUCCUGGAGCGGCCGGCGAGCGCGUGA